CCAGAGCAGAGAGAGUCUCCCUCGCUCUGCCCUCAGGCCUCGGGCGCCGGCUGAGCCGCCCGCAGAGGAAACGCCUCCUGCGUGGAGCUGACAGGGAGCAUUAAGGCGAGGGAUGCGGGUUCACUUGCCCUGUGUAGGGGCUUAGCACCGGGGCUAAGCUGAGGGACUAAUAGCAAAGCCAGCCCUGCUCCAGCCGCUUCGAGGGCAUUGGGGAGCCAUCUGGCCACACUCGGUGGCAGAAGCCAACAACAAAAGAGGGGGCAGACCGUUCGCAGCGAGCGACGGACUGAAAGGUGAAGAACAUUCGCUCAGAAGAUACGGCAGCCAGGAGUGGCGGAGAAGGAUACGAGAAGUUGAGAAGGAGGAGGAGAGUGUUAACGCUAACGACUGAGAAACAGAGGAGAUGUCUGAUAUGGAGGAGCUGCAGGGACCGGAGGCGGGCCCCAACGUCACACUCACCCUGAGGCUCUUAAUGCACGGGAAGGAAGUGGGCAGCAUCAUUGGAAAGAAAGGAGAAACGGUGAAGAAGAUGAGAGAGGAGAGUGGAGCUCGCAUCAACAUCUCUGAAGGGUCGUCCCCGGAGAGGAUCGUCACCAUCACAGGCCCCACUGAGGGCCUCUUCAGGGCCUUCUCCAUGAUCGCCGAGAGGUUCGAGGAGGAUAUUACUGCGGCGAUGACAAACAGCAAUGUGACGAGCAAGCCGCCUGUCACCCUGCGCUUGGUGAUCCCUGGGAGUCAGUGCGGCUCGCUGAUUGGCAAAGGAGGCUCCAAGAUCAAGGAGAUCAGAGAGACCACGGGUGCCCAGGUGCAAGUGGCAGGAGACAUGCUGCCCGACUCAACAGAGAGGGCUGUCACCAUCUCCGGGGCUCCGCAGGCCAUCACCCAGUGUGUGCGACACAUCUGCUCCGUCAUGCUGGAGUCACCCCCAAAGGGAGCUACUAUUCCAUACCGUCCUAAGGGGCUGGCUGGGGGCCAUGCGGUACUAUCUCAGCAGCACGGCGCACCAGCGUUCGCCAUCCCAGGUCAUCCAGGGCAGUAUGCCUUCCCCCAUCAAGAUUUGACCAAGCUUCACCAGUUGGCUAUGCAGCAUAUCCCCCUCCCCUCCCUUGGGCAGAGCAACCCUACCUUCCCUGAUCCACAAGGCGCCCGAGUCCUGGACGGUCCCCUUCUUAGUGCCGCCGGGACGGCCCAUCAUCUCCGAUUGCGGUAG